AUGCUGUGCGCCGUGCUGUCGCGCAUGCCGGCGCACGACGUCGCCGUCGCCAGGGCCGCCUGCUCACGGCUCAAGAUGGCCGGCGACGCAGUGCUGGACUUGGCGCUGAACCGGCUGGUGUCGCGGGCUGAGGUGCAGCUGGCGGCGGCCUACGGCGAGGAGUACGUGGCGGGCCAGUCGGGCGACGCCUGGAGGUGCCACUGGCUGUCCCACGUCAGCUGGACGCUCGCCUACGUGGCGCAGCAGGCCCGCAUCUUGCGCGCCGUCUGCGUCCGGUACCUGCGCUCCUGGCCACAGGCAGGUGAGUCGUGCAGACAUUACACCAGCUUCUACGGAGGGCUGGUGCUGGACGAGGCGCACCAAGUUCUGCAGGGAGCGGCGCAGUGCGUGCGCGACCGCAAGUUGCACAUGCAGCUGCUGCACGUGGGGCAGCUGCGGAGCCUGGUGGAGCGCUGGCUGCACCACUUCCACUCGCAGGUGGAGCAGCAGCUGCUCGUCAACUCGGCCGCUGGGCUGUCCCCGCCGCCCGGCUGCAAGCCGCUGGACAUCCUCGACUGCUGUGCCGACAUAGAGCGCCACCUCGAAGUCUCCUGGGAUGAGACAGGCGAGUGGUGCUCGGGACGGGGCCGGUACCUGCUGCGCCACACGUCGCUGCGGGUGCCGGGCGGCGGCUGCCAGCUGCUGACGGCCCGAGGCCAGCGCUCGCUGCACGCUUGCCUCAGCCGCCUCGCCAGCCGCAGCGCGCACUUCACCUCGGCGCACCCGCGCGCUUGGCAGGAGCUGCUCGCCUGCCGACUCAUAGGCACUGACAAGUGGGUGAACACGACAUCACUCCAAGACCGGGCGUACCUGAUGAGCUUACAGCGGCGCAGCGUCUUCGCUGAAGCAGGUGUGUGGGCGGACGAGGAGGAGAAUGGCGCAGAGCUGGAGAAUCUUCCAGAGGAGGGCGAGGAAGGAGGACAGGAGCAGGGCGACGAGCAGGAAGAACAAGAAGAGGGCGAGGAGGAGGGGGGACAAGAACAGGGCAACGAGCAAGGGGUGCCGGAACAGGGCGACAAUGGGGAGCUGCCGGCCGUAGAAGUGGAGGACGAGCAGAUAGCGGAAGAGGAGGAGGAGGAGGAGGAAGAGGAACAGCAGGAGGAAGAAACUGGCGACAUGCUGGCGCAGGACAGCGUGGCGGUCGAGGUGAAGUUCACCUGCCGCCGCCACCUGGCACCUCUCGGCUUCCUGGAGGGCCCCCCACCCACGAAGCGCCCCGUGCCUCACAGCUCUCGGCGGGCGCCGCUGUUGUCCAGGAGCGGGGGCUGGGGCAGCUGCGAGCUGCGGCAGCCCGACCUGCAGCUGCAGCUGAUCUUCCACUGCCCGGCCGCCCCCGAGUUGGGCCACUUCUGCUGCCUCAUUCAGCACGGCGGCCGCCUACGACCCGCCCCCACAGAUGCCUGCAAGUGGCUGAGCUCUGUGGGAGCCGACUAUGUGCGGCAGCCCCAGGACCGCGAGGGACGCGUCGUUCACACAGAGGAAGAUGGGUGACAAGCCGGCUGCUAUCGUCGUUGAUAAUGUCUUUGAUCGUUUUGAUAGA